GUCGCUUCAACAUGAAUCAUUACGCUACUAAGAAGAGUGCAGCGCAGAGCAUGUUGGAUGUGGCUCUUUUGAUGGCGAACUCCUCCCAGCUGAAGACAGUGCUGCAUUCUGGAUCACAUCACCACUUCUAUACUCUUCUAAUCGCUCUGAUCACGCUGUCCAUCUCACUGCAGGUCAUUGUUGGUCUCUUGCUCAUCUUCAUUGUGAAGUAUGACCUGAAUGAUGUUAAGAUGCAGCCGAGGCUGAACACAAUGAAUAAUAUGGCCACUGUUUUUGUGUUCUUUACUGUUCUUAUCAACAUCAUCAUCACAGCAUUGGGAUUCGAGUCUGGAGGGUGA